UCUUUCCCUCCCCGCCUGGUCGAUCCCGUCGUCGUUUCUGCGCGUGGGAAUGCGCCAUGGGCGACCCCUUCUCCUGUAUCGAGCACGAGUGCGGUGAGCCUGAGCGCGACUCCUCCGACGACGCCUACACCAUCGUCGUCUCCCCCUCCUCCGCCGCCCUCGGCGGCGCCACACCCUCCCCGACGCCCCACGCCGACGCCCCCAUUUUCAUGUGCUCCCUCCCCGACUCCCCCUGCGCCGCAUCGGACGGCGACGAUCGCGGCGGAGGGUUCUCGAAUGCUCCGGUCCCGAACCCUAGGGAGCGGGAUCCCGUUACCCCGCCGCCGGAGCUCGCUCUUACAUCCUCCGGUGGUCUCAAGAGAAAAUCUAGGGUUUGUAGCACCAGAUCGAGGGGCUGCACCAUCAGAUCGUCGGUUUCCCCGCAAGAGACCCCCACCAGAGGUAACGAAGUGUUAGGGUUUGGUAAAAGUAGAAAUGCCGAGACAUCAAAAGAGGACGCUGCUGUACCGAUGAAUCCCUCACUCGAAGAAAUCGAGAAAUUUCGUAAUCGACCCCUGGAGACCCUUCAAGAUGCUUCGGGAGCAGUUCCGUCGCAGAGAAUGCUUCCGGAUUCCGUGCUGAAACCUCCGACUGAGGAGGGGAAUGCUGGGCGUAGAUUGAGGGAGAAAGCUGAAGCUCGGCCACCACCGGCUAAUCUUCGCGAUUGCGUCGACAUGUUGUCCAGUAAUAUCGACGCGAAAUUUGGUGAUAUGGAUAUCGUUAAUGUAGCUAGGAGGAGAGGCGUCGCAUUCUCCGAUCCGCCUUGGUGGGCACCUGGAGGUUAUCCUCCCUUUUGCACUAGUGACAAAUGAGUGAAUGAGCCCUUCACGACGAUUAGUGUUGAGACAAUUCCUAUUUUCGCAACCUCCAGAUAUCUAAGUUCUUGCCACAGGGUACAGGUUAGAGUAGCAAAGAAUGUGAAUAUUUUGCUGAAUGGAGAAGUUGCAAAUAGCAUCGUUUUGUGCAGUGAUGUUAUCUAAUCGGAUUAAUUUGCAACUAAGUCGAGCUGGCGUAUUUUGAUCACUAUAACGCUAAUAUGUUUGUUUCUGGUUUACUGGUGGUGUCUGUGCGUGUUUCUUCUGGUUUUUGCGUCUCUUUCAUGAUAUGAUCUGGUGAGAUGGUAUAACUGCGAAAGAUAGAAAUCCUGUUUAUACUAGAAUGUUGCAUGCAGAGUAAGCUAUUUUCCUUGUAGAAAAGUCUAUAUUUUGUUGUUGUAUUUGCCUGCACUCUUAUUGCAAACUCCAAACUGACUGCUGGAAA